GGAGGAGGGAUAAAAAGCCCGGGCGGGACCGGCGCGGAGCGGAGCGGGCGCGGCACCGGCGGUUGAGACUGAAGGAGGCCACCUCCCCAAGCAGCCAUGGCCCCCACACUUGCCACGGCCCACCGCCGGCGCUGGUGGAUGGCAUUCACAGCCAUCAUCGAGAACCUGCUCUUCUCUGCUGUCCUGCUGGGCUGGGGGUCCCUCCUCAUCAUGCUGAAGGCAGAAGGGUUUUAUUCCUACCUGUGCUAUGGGCAAGAGGACACCAACAACAUCUCUGAACACGAGAACAGCACAGCUUCAGAGCACAAAUGGCCUUCCUGCAACGCCCAGGAUGAAAUGCUGAACUUGGCCUUCACCAUCGGGUCCUUCCUGCUCAGUGCCAUCACGCUGCCCUUGGGAAUUGUCAUGGACAAGUACGGCCCUCGCAAGCUGCGGCUGCUUGGCAGUGCCUGCUUUGCUGUGUCCUGUGUGCUGAUCGCGUACGGUGCCAGUAACCCAGACUCUCUGUCUGUGCUGAUAUUCAUUGCACUGGCUCUGAAUGGCUUUGGUGGGAUGUGCAUGACCUUCACAUCGCUCACGCUGCCCAACAUGUUUGGUGACCUUCGUUCCACGUUCAUUGCUCUGAUGAUUGGCUCCUAUGCUUCCUCUGCUGUGACUUUUCCAGGAAUCAAGGUUAUAUAUGACUUUGGGGUCUCCUUCAUCCUUAUUCUGCUUGUCUGGGCAAGCUGUGCAGGACUUGUUUUCCUCAACUGUUUCUUCAACUGGCCCCUGGAGCCUUUCCCAGGACCAGAAGACAUGGACUAUUCGGUGAAAAUAAAGUUCAGCUGGCUGGGAUUUGACCACAAGAUCACUGGGAAGCAGUUUUACAAGCAGGUGACGACUGUGGGGCGCCGUCUCAGCGUGGGGAGCUCCAUGAAGGGCCCCAAGGAGCCGGCGGCCUUGCAAGAGAACAACAAGCUCUGCCUGUCUACAGUGGACCUGGAAGUGAAGUGCCAGCCUGACAGUGCAGCUUCUCCCUCCUUCAUGAAGAGUGUCUUCAGCCCUAUCUUGUUGCUCAGCCUUAUCACCAUGUGUGUCACUCAGCUGCGGCUCAUCUUCUACAUGGGAGCCAUGAACACCAUCCUUGAGUUUCUGUCUGGAGACCCAAGUCAAGUGGCUCUCUACACUUCCAUUUUUGGGGUGUUGCAACUACUGUGCUUGCUGACAGCGCCUGUGAUUGGGUGCAUCAUGGAUUGGAGAAUGAAAGAAUGUGAUGAUGGCUCAGAAGAGAAUGAGGAGAGCAACGCUGAGCAAAGUGACAAGAAAAAGAAAAAGCGUGAUCGUCAGAUCCAGAAAAUCACCAAUGCCACCAAUGCCUUUGUAUUCACGAAUUUCCUGCUGGUUGGAUUUGGAAUCACCUGUCUUAUUCCUAACCUGCCGUUGCAGAUUCUUUCCUUCAUUUUGCACACAAUUGUGAGAGGAUUCAUCCACUCAGCUGUGGGAGGCCUUUAUGCUGCUGUAUACCCCUCUACUCAGUUUGGCAGCUUGACAGGGUUGCAGUCGUUGAUCAGUGCCCUCUUUGCCCUUCUGCAGCAGCCUCUCUUCAUGGCACUGACAGGACCUUUGAAAGGAGACCCCCUCUGGGUGAAUGUUGGCUUGCUUGCCAUGAGCCUCCUGGGUUUCUGCCUUCCAAUCUACCUGGUCUGCUACAGACGCAGGCUAGAGAGAGAAAAAAAGCAGAAGAUGGAAGACGCCAAACUUUUCUUCAAAAUCAAUGGCACUCCCACUGAGGAAGCCUUUGUUUAAACUGGUGCUUCACAUACAACCUCCCCUGUACAGGUUCCUACCACAUCCGUGGGUUCUACCUGUGGUGUAAGCCAGGAUUUUCCUCCCCUGGCUCUGCCAGUCUUUGCUCAUCACUGGAGUGAGGGCCGGACAUCGUGACUGAGAUUUCCUCAGAUAUAUGGCAGGAGGAGACUUCCUACUCCUUACUCCAAAACACGGGACACUUUUUCUUUUUUUAAAGGCCACACAGAUAUUGUGUCUUAAAUUAUCCCCUGAUCACGCUCUCCAGCAGCAGAGAGUUUGCAUAGGAGAUUGGGGACAGAAGGAAUAGAGGGAUGGGAGAAGAGGGAAGACAGACCAUAGUUUGAGUUUGCAAGUGUAACGCAGUGAAGUCUGUUUUCUCCCCCUCUUCCCCCAGCCUUGGCUGACACAGUCUCGGAUGCAAGCUGCACUCUCCUUCCUCCCUGAGGCUUCAUAAUGGUCUUUCUGCUUGAUGUGUAGCUGGACCCAGUGGUUUUACUGUCUAUCCAGACAUACCCUAGACUGUUUCUGAGGCAGGGAAGGGGGUUUUAUUCCUAUGUGUAUGAGCACAGCUUCACUGUGUUGCUAAAUGUUGGCUGCUAUCACUGACAGCUCCCAAACCUUUUAUUACUGCAAAUGACACAGACUGUGAGCAAUGGAUCUGCCUUCCAUAAAGAAAUGAAGAGCCUACAGUGGACUGCUUGUCCUAGACCAAGCCUUCAGAGGCCUGGAAUUCUUCCUCUUCCCGGUUCACAAACCACCUGUAUGUGUUUUAAACUGUCUGCAGUCCUGGAACCCUUGAGAUAGGAAUUGGAUCUUGUUUACAGAUGAAGUGCUUUUGAGACUUGUUGCCUUUUGCCUCUUCUUCCCUUUGACAUGACCCUGGGAGGGGAGCAGCAAUGUGUAUUUAGUAAAGUGGAGAAACUUCUUGAAGCUGAGUUCUGGGGCUCCAGAUACCUUGGUGUUCACGUGUUGUGAGCUGGUGAAAAGAAUCAAGAAUGCAGAACACUCCUUUGUGUCUGGUAACUGGAUCCUGUGGGCACGGCAGGGCGAUGUGGUGAUGUAAUUUUUCCUUUAGCCAUGCUUAUUUACAUUGCUCUGACCAUAGUCACCAGGUUAGUUUGACUGACCCAAAUGCCAGUUUGGCUGUAUUAGGAGCCUUUUUGAUGCUCUGUCUGGACAGAGCAUGUGGUGAUUGAUUGUAUGGUGAAGCCGACUGUCAGAGCAAUACACGUGGGUAAAGGUGCCCCAGGCCUGUUCACUAGGGAGGGAAUACAAAGGGAAUUUUUAACCUGCUUAUUUUUAUAGAGGUCUUGUCUAAAGCAGAUUUUUCUGCCCUUAACCUUCUUGCUGAGGUCAGUAGCUCAGGCCCUGUAGCCUUGUGACUUGCGUUAACACUGUUGGUCCUGCUCGGAGCAGGACUGUGCAGGGGUGAGGAUGAGCAUCCCCGGUGGGUGCUCCGGGCUGAGCUGGUGGCUGCAGAAAGGUUGGGGCAGAAACAAAACAAUCAUGAAGAUGUGGUGGUGUUUUACUGCAAAGCCUGGCAGGGGGUAAGUCAUUCAACUUCUCUAUGUCUGCUUGGAAAAGUACAAGACUCAAUCGCUGUUGGCGCUAAGAGGAGGAUUAGAAACAACAACACCUGCUCAAACCUUCCUGAGAGAAAUUACCUGGAAACUGGGUGUUAACUCCUUCUCUGACGGUUCAAAGCAUACAGAUGCUCAGCCCAGCCAGGGCUUCACCUUUCCUAAAGAGCAAGCGUGCACAGAGCCUGGGCAGGACGGCUGGAGCCCUGCGGGUCCUUUGCCAGCGCAGGAUGACGAGGCAGCUCCGUGGGACGGCAGCGCCAUCUCGAGUCGCUGCUCCUGUGAGCAGUUCCGAUGCUGCUCCACGGUACCUUUCAGUCUUCAGCCACUCGUUUCAAAAGGACUCACCACUUGAGCAUUUGACACAUUUGUGAAUUAUUUUUUUUUUCUUAAUGUGUUGCCUUUAUUAAAUGUGUUUGUUCCAAGACAGCCUUAUUGCCUGCUGUCAACACUUUACUCUUCUGGAA